GUGAACAGCGUGAGACUGCAAUUUGACGUUCGCAGGAGCUGUUUGAACAAAAUACGUUCCUUAUCAUCAGUGUUGAGCCUCAGACUAAAGAUGGUCGAUUCUCAGUACUACCUCCCAAAUGACAUUGGUAUCUCUGCACUUGACUGUGGUGAGGCCUUUCGUUUGCUUUCACCUCAGGAGAAGAUGUACGCCCACUACCUGUCACGGGCUGCCUGGUACGGUGGUCUGGCAGUGCUGCUGCAGACAUCCCCCGAGUCGGCAGACAUCUUUGUCUUGCUGCAGAGAAUUUUCAGGAAGCAGACGCCUUUACAGCUGGCACAGGUCGCCACGGAUGCUGGACUGAGCUCUGAGGAGUACCAGGCCUUUUUGGUGUAUGCAGCAGGUGUGUAUGCCAACAUGGGAAACUACAAGUCUUUCGGAGACACCAAGUUUAUUCCAAACCUGCCCAAGGACAAGCUGAAAACUCUGGUGAGGGCCAGCCAGGCUUUUCAGGAGCAGCCCACUGAGAUGGAGGCUCUGUGGGACAGCUGCUCGUGUCUUCUCUACUCCCUGGAAGACAGACAGAAACAGCUGGGGCUGGGCGAUAAGGGAAUUACCACCUACUUCUCAGGAAACUGCUGUCUGGAGGAUGCUGAGCUGGCUCAGAAGUUCCUUGACUCAAAAAAACUGUCAGCUUACAACACCCGUCUGUUUAAGAGGGACAGUGGAGGGAAACCAUGCUAUGAGGUGCGCUUGGCUUCAGCUGUGCAGAAAGAUUGUGCUGUGGACGGGGAAUGUGAGUCAUGCUGCGGCAGCUUCAACUUUGAAGACAAGGAGUUCACUGUGAAGAGGGGAGACUAUGCUACUCUAAUGGAGAAGGUCUGCUAUUAUCUCCAACAAGCUCAGGCCUACGCUGCCAAUGAGAACCAGAGAAAGAUGCUUGAAGAGUACAGACGCAGCUUCACCCUUGGCUCGAUUGAAGCCCAUAAAGAGGGCUCGCGCUACUGGAUCAAAGACAAAGGACCAAUUGUUGAGAGUUAUAUAGGUUUCAUAGAGAGCUACAGAGACCCAUUUGGCUCCAGAGGAGAGUUUGAAGGUUUUGUUGCGGUUGUUAACAAGGCCAUGAGCGAACGUUUUGCCAAGCUAGUGAGCUCAGCAGAAGUCUUGCUUCCCGAGCUGCCUUGGCCUAGGGAGUUUGAGAAGGACACUUUCCUUAAACCUGACUUCACCUCGCUGGACGUUCUCACCUUUGCCGGGAGUGGCAUACCAGCUGGCAUCAACAUCCCCAACUACGAUGACAUCAGACAGUCAGAGGGCUUUAAAAACGUGUCACUAGGCAAUGUGCUGGCUGUAGCCUAUGCUACACAAAAAGAAAAACUCACCUUCCUGGAGGAGGACGACAAGGAUUUGUUCAUCAAGUGGAAGGGUCCAUCAUUCGAGGUGCAGGUGGGUCUUCAUGAGCUGCUGGGGCAUGGAAGCGGCAAGCUGUUUGUCCAGGAUGACAAGGGCAAGUUCAACUUUGAUCAGAGCAAGGUGAUUAACCCAGAGACUGGAGAACCGGUAUCCAGUUGGUAUCGGGGCAGUGAGACGUGGGACAGUAAGUUCUCCACGAUCGCCUCCUCUUACGAAGAAUGCCGCGCUGAGUGUGUCGGACUCUAUCUGUGUCUCAGCAAGCAAGUGCUCAGUAUUUUCGGCCAUGAAGGCCAGGAUGCUGAGGAUGUGGUGUACAUCAACUGGCUCAGUAUGGUCAGAGCUGGACUGUUGGGCCUGGAGUUCUACACACCUGAGAGCAAGAGCUGGAGACAGGCUCACAUGCAGGCUCGUUUCGUGAUCCUGCGUGUCCUGCUGGAGGCCGGGGAGGGCCUGGUGGGCCUGGAGGAAGUGACGGGACAGGACGGCAAGCCAGACGCUAGAAUCACACUGGACCGAAGCAAGAUCCACACUGUGGGCAAGAACGCCAUCCACAGGUUCCUCUGUAAACUGCAGGUCUUAAAGUCAACAGCGGAUGUGGAAGGAGGUCGAGCUCUCUAUGACGGUUACUCCACUGUCAGUGACAGUGGUGCUCACAACUUCUUGCGUCUCCGGGAGACGGUGCUGCUGAGGAAGGAAGCCCGAAAGAUGUUUGUCCAGGCCAACACCAAAAUCAAUGGGGACAAUGUGGAGCUGGUGGAAUAUGAAGGCAGCGCGGCAGGUUUGAUUACCUCCUUCACUGAGCGCUUCCAAGAAGAUGCAGAGCAGCUGGAGGCCGAGCUUCUGGACCUGAGCAAAAGAGACGCCCACUGCUGGUGUUGAUGGACAUCUGCUCCGUAGGCUUCAAAAAUACCAGCUGAAAUCAGAUAGGUUUUUUUUUUUUUUUUUUUUUUCCCUUUUAACCAUGCGUGAUAUCAACGUGAUACUUAAUGGAUGUUAAAACGUGUAAAACCACAACGUGAUUCAGAUCCUUCAGGAGGACACUUCUGAAAAGGUUCAUACUUCAAAUAAAGCCAUAGAACAAGAACAGAACUGCCAAAGACACCAGCCACAGUUUUUCCCGCCACAACUCAGAUUCUGAACAUAUCAGAUCUGUCUUUGAUAACU